AUGGCCCCGGCACAUGAGGGCAGUGGAGGCAAGGUCUAUCUGUUCGGUGGCUACAACCACAACAACAACCCCGAGGAUCUGGAUCGGAUGAAUGACGCUUGGGUUCUGGAUUUGUCCGUCCCCGGCUGGGCUGAGGUGAGCGUGACGCCAGGGACGGAGCCGGUGCGCCGGGAAGGACACAGCAUGGUCUGCACGGGGGACAGCCUGCUGGUCUUCGGAGGGCAAUCAAUGAGUGGGGGCGUGUUUCAGAGACACAAUGAUCUAUGGAAGCUCACAUUGGCAACCAGCACUUGGCAGCAGUUGACACAAACAAGUGGCACGCUGCCUCCUCCCAGGAGUGGACACUCGGCUGUCUGGAAUCCCGACACUCAGAGCAUGCUCGUGUACGCUGGAGCUGAUGGUAGUACUCGUCUCAGUGACCUUUGGAGCUACAGCUUGACCACCAACGUGUUCACCCAACUCACCCCUACCGGGGGUCCACUGGGUGAUAGGUGGGAGCAUGCGGCGCUUUGGAACCCAGUCGACAACACCAUGCUCAUCACCGCGGGCUUUCGCAUGAAUGUACCGGGCACACCGGGCACGCCGUUGGGCAACGACCUCUGGUCCUACGACCCGCAGGCCAACACCUGGACCGAGUUGAUCCCCCAGGGAAGCCCGAACGCGCCUUCAGGCCGGCGCGUGACCUCCCUCGUCUGGAACACGGCCACGCAGGCGGCGCUCCUCUUCGCCGGCCACGACGGGCAGUUUCUCGACGACCUCUGGGAGUACAAGGCGGGCACCUGGACGCAGCUGGUGCCCGCGUCCAGUCCGCCGGCCCGGGGCUUUCACCUGGGCGCUUGGACUUCCACUCAGGUCAUGAUCGUCUUCGGCGGGUAUGACGGCUCUUACUUGGUGGACACCUGGCAGUACACGCCCUAA